AUAAGGCACUGGGGCCCGGCCCAUCUCUCUACUUCUCUUCCCCAUUGAGCGGGCAAAGGAGGAGAAAAUCUCUAUAAGCCUGUGCACCUGGGACUGGUGGCCUGCAGAAGGGUGUCUGCUGCAGGUGUCUCCACCACCCAGCCAUGGCCCGCAUCAUUGACCUGGUGCCCUGGGAGGACGGCUCCACCCACGUGUACGCGUCCCCGGCCAUCCUACUGCCCAUGCCCCGGAGGCGCAACCAGCUGGCCGGCGUGAAGCAGCAGCUCUACCACCCAGCCCUGCCCAGUCUGCGCCGCAUGGACAUGGACUCUGUCAAGGCCUGCCUUUCCGAUGAGCACUGCCAGUCCACCACCUACUGCCGCAAAGAUGACUUUGAUAAUGCCUACUUCACACUUCUCGGUGUUCCCAACAAACCCCUGCAGUGCUUGGACAUCACGGAGACCGGCCAGAGGCUCCGAAACAGGUACCACGAGGGAAAGCUGGCUCCCAUCGCACCGGGCAUCAACAGGGUCGACUGGCCCUGCUUCACGCGCGCCAUCGAGGACUGGUCCCGAUUCGUGUCCUCCGCGGGAGAGUUCAAGCUGCCCUGCGCGAGCAAGAAGGUUGAGAGCUUCAGCGGCUAUGCGGUGCGGUACUUGAAGCCGGAGGUGACCCAGAACUGGCGGUUCUGUCUUAACCAGAAUCCAAGCCUGGACCGCUAUGGACAGAAGCCCCUGCCAUUCGACUCCUUGAAUGCUUUCCGACGUUUCGGCUCCAACUACAGUCGUGUCAACUAUCUGACCCCCUGGCGUUAAUCUGUGAAAAGGAGGCUGACACCCAGGCUGCCUAACUGUGCCACUCACGUUCCCCAGCAGGACAAGGGUAUAUGGCAGCCGUACCCAUCUCCCUAAGUAGAAAUAAACCUUAUACUCCGCAGGGAGACACUCAACCUGUGUGUGUGUGUGUGUGUGUGUGUGUUGCAAAGGCUAGGGGAGGAUCAGAACCUCAGGAUGAUGAUACUUUACCCUAACCUGCCUUAUGCCAGCUCCUGGAGGACUGAUGGGGUCUAGGAAAGAUGUAUCUUGUGACCCCAGGCGAGAGUCAGGGUCUAAGCCUCAAGCCCCAGCUGGGAAUGAGGUACAAACACAGGCUGGGAAUUAGGUUCUAUCUGUGCCCCUGUCCACUGCUUAUAGGCCUGCAGGCAAGCCCCUUCCACCUCAGACUCUGAAUUUGAGUCAAAAAGAGAAAAGAGAGGGUGCAAAAGGGACUUAAGACCCCUCUCUCAGAAGCCCUUGCCAUACCAAUAUAGGCUGGGGAGCUUCCCUGGGCCUGGGUCCCCUUGAAGAAGUGGAAUCAGGCCCUGGAGGUUUGGCCGAGGGCCCCGAUUCAUGGUGAAGCAGCACAGUGUAGAAGUAAGGUGAGGUGCCUGAGGCCACUCAGAGAAGGUUUCCUCUGCCCAGAGCAUUGCCAAUGAAUAUACCGCAGAAACAAAAAGUUAUCUGCUCUGUCCACAAAGCUUCAGGACUAGUUCUGAUUGCCUACCAACCUACAGAAAGGAGGUCUGAUGCCCUGCACACAGCCAUGGGUUUUCCUGGGCCAAGUCCAGAAUAACCCUGCUCAAAGGGUGUGUCAAAGAAUAGUGUCUCGGCGUGGCUGGGGUUAGAGCAGCCAGCCUCGGCACUUAGCUCCAGGAUCUUCCAAACACCA